GCCAAUCUUAGUGAACACCGUCACGCGCAUCAAAAAAUUAGGAAUGUUAUAUAGAUGUGAAAAACAAGUAAAAACCUGUACGAUAAGAAUGUGAUGUAAAAUGGAAAUCUAGUUGGUGUGGCUUUCGAAACGAUUUUGUUUAUGUGGAUCGUACCAAUUUCAAUAAUGGUGGGCAUAGUAAUACUCGAAAGAUUUAAUGCAUUGUCGAAACAACUGCAAGAAGCAAGGAUUAAUUGUUCGAAAUACAAUAUAGACGAAUUAAUUUCUAAACACGAAGAGCUCUGUCAUUUCAUUGAUCAAAUCAAUGAUAAAUGGGGAGAAUAUUUCUUCAUAUUAUUUGGAGUCGUUAUUUAUUUAGUAGCAUUUCUUAUCAAUGCUACUGUAUUUAACGAAAUAAGUUCAUAUAUCCGCAUUCACAUCCUUUUAAUCUCACUUACCAUAUUGUCUAUUGCGUUGAUAAUGUUUUAUUCUCUUGCACUUGCUCGUUUCUCAUCUUCGGCUUACGAUUCUUUUCAAGAAAUCAGGAAAUUAAGUGUUGCUCCUUUGGAACUGGAAGAAAAACUUAAGAUUUUAGAUUUUAUGAAGAAAUUUCGUGAAAACGAAAUUGGAUUCAAUUGUGGAGGUUAUUUUUUGAUGUCAAAAGAAUCUCCAAUAAAGGUGUACAAGGCACUCUACACCGUAUGCAAUAUGCUGCUGCAAAUUCGAGAUAUCUUAUGGGGUACAAAACGAUCUUGUAUUCCUAUCACUAAUCCAAGUCAACUUUCAGAAUCAUUUCAUAAUAUAAGUAUGAAAUAAAUGAACACUAUUCGCAGCCUAUAAUUUGCUAUAGUGUACUUUUAAAAUAUUAUAAAAGUCAAAAUUUGCAAGACUUGCACGGAUCUCAUUCAAUAAACUCAAUUAUAUCAUUAAAAAUGACAUAUCUGUAAAUCUCUAAAAAAGUAUUCAACUAGUGCAUUCCCUGUGUGUCUGUCUGUCUGAAGACAGAGGAAUGCGUGGAUAAAAGUGUGUGGUAGCCCGGACCGAAUUUCUUAAGUGGAAAUAGGUUAGACAUAGUCAAUAUAUUAUCAUGUCUUCUUAUAAUAAGAUUAUACUGUUCUAAAAAAUAGAAAAAAAAAACGAGAGCAAAGAGGAGAUUGGAAGACUAAAUCAGAGAAUUUUCAGAAAACGAAUGGAAAAAUAAGGCAUCAUAACGAGAAGAAUGGUAGAUUUUAGGGAAACCUUCAUCCAGGAGAGAAUAGAAACAGGCUGAAUAUAAUUGAAAGUUAAUUUUUUUUGGUCUUAA